UCCCCGGCCCCCAGCCGCGACUCUGCCCCGGGCCAGGGCGCUCGGGCUCGCCCACGGCGGCACUGGGCAUGCUCAGAGGCGGCCGCGGGGGCAGGUUUGCUUCGCAGGCGCUCGCACUCGGCGGCGGCGGCGGGCGCGCGGCUGCAGCUGGAGCUCGGGCGCCCGGAGUUGGAGUUGCCGGGAGUUUCCCCCCCACCCCUCCCUCUUCGCGCGCGGCAGCGGGAGCCAGCGCGGGAGCCGCGAGCGGCGGCGAGCCAGCGCCCGGGCCGGCCGAGCCUUGUCCGGAGCCCGGAGCCCCGCGCGGGGCAGCCCCCGGGGAGGAGCCUCGCCGGCUGGGACGCGUGCAGUGCACUGACACUGCCGUGGCACGAGCCAGGCUGCACGAAAAUUCGCUGCGUGCCCUCCUCGCUUGUUCUACAAUGAGCGCCAAAUCUGCCAUCAGUAAGGAAAUUUUUGCACCUCUUGAUGAAAGGAUGCUGGGAGCUGUCCAAGUCAAGAGGAGGACAAAGAAAAAGAUUCCUUUCUUGGCAACUGGGGGUCAAGGCGAAUACUUAACUUAUAUCUGCCUGUCAGUGACAAACAAGAAACCCACACAGGCGUCCAUCACGAAGGUCAAACAGUUUGAAGGCUCCACAUCGUUCGUGCGGAGAUCACAGUGGAUGCUUGAGCAGCUCCGCCAGGUUAACGGCAUCGAUCCUAAUCGGGAUUCCGCAGAGUUUGAUUUGUUGUUUGAAAAUGCUUUUGACCAGUGGGUAGCCAGCACAGCCUCAGAAAAAUGCACCUUCUUCCAGAUCCUCCACCACACCUGCCAGAGGUACCUCACGGACAGGAAGCCCGAAUUCAUUAACUGCCAGUCGAAAAUCAUGGGAGGAAACAGCAUCCUCCAUUCAGCGGCCGAUAGCGUGACCAGCGCCGUGCAGAAAGCAAGCCAGGCCUUGAACGAGCGCGGGGAGCGGUUAGGCCGAGCGGAGGAGAAGACGGAAGACAUGAAGAACAGCGCCCAGCAGUUUGCAGAAACUGCACACAAGCUUGCCAUGAAGCACAAAUGUUGAGAAACUGCCUCUCCCGGUGACGCUCUUAGGAGAAAUGGAAGAGUUUGUUCAGCAGUUUUUACAAGAAUUCUGGACCUCCGCUUGCUUCUUUUUUCCAAAUAUAUGGACAUUUAGUUGUUUUUUUUUUUGUUUUUCCUUUUCAGAUGUUAAGAUGUUGAGUUUUAUACAUUUCCCUAAUGAUCUUGCUAAGAAAUGCUGCAUAGGAUCAACUUGGUUUUUUUCCCACUGUGUGUAUGUGUGUGUUUGUAUGCCUUUUCCCUUUUUUUUUUAAAGUUUUGUUUUUUGGUAGUUUGAAUAUGAAAUUUGGACCAGAUGAUAUACUGAGCUGAGUCUAAACUGGCAGCUUGUAUUUUUUUUUUCCUAAUAUUAAGCAGGAAGACAUUUUAAUGUGGUGACAUCACGUGUUAUUGUUCCUGGAUGGAAAUAAAAGUCAAGCAGCGAUUGCCUUCUCUGUCUCCUAGCUACUCUUAAUUUGAAGGUUAAGAGCCUCCAUCCAGAAACAUAAGUCUGUAUUAUGGAAAACAAUUGGAUUUAUCAGGGGAAACAGCAGUCUUAGAUUUUGCUUUUUAUGUAGCAAUCUCCUGCAUGAGCUAUCACCAGCAUUCAAAAGAACAAAUCGGAAUCACAGAUAGAAAUCUACUUUCUGAGCUACAGUUUAAGUACUUCCUGCUCCUUUCCAGCCUGGGUAUUUGGAAUUAUCAUAUGAAGGAUAAAAAUUUGAGAUUAAAGACCUAAGGAGAAGCCUAUUUAGAAGCCUCAGUGCAUUCAUGGAUGUUUCUUUCUUUUGUCAUUGUCGCAAAUGAUGUAGCUGGCAUUGAAAAGAGCUUGGAUUUUUAUCAAGAAUUGAUUUGUCCAGAUGGAGGUAAAUGAUAAUGUGAAAAGAUACUACAUUUAAAAUCUUUCCUCUUUUCUUUCUACAAAGUCAUGGCUAUUUUAGAGACACUCUCACAAUGUCCUUGGGAAAUGGCCUUCAGUUUCUUGGAAUCUGAUUUUUGGAGGCUUUGAUGUUGUUAUUGCUGUCUAUUUAUUUCAUGUAAUUUAAAGUGUAGUUUCUUGACAAACUGCAUUUCAUGGCAGUUGCAACUCGCCUGGUCUGACACGAAACAGCCCAGUCACGAAGCCUUUACAUUGCAGUCAGAUUGAAUAAAGUUGGUUCACAUACCUCCUGAUUUUGUAUUACUCAAGAGAGUACUGGGUUUAGAGUCUGGGAGUUUUGUUUCUUAGAGGGUUAAAAUGCUAAACAUAGAAGCUGUGCUUUGUCUACAUGAUACAACGGGGCAAGCUGCACGUCCCAGACGCAUCCUCAGCCCCGCGCUGCAGUGCAUUGAUCUCUAAGCUGCCUGAAUCUUAGGGCCCCUUUCUAUUCCUUCCUAGUCAUUGAGCCAACUGAGUCCACGUGUAUUGUAGGCUCUUACAUAGCAGCAUAAGAGGACUGUUGGAUUGUUUAUGCUGAUUUAAACAGCUUCAUUUCUCCUGAUAAACCUUCCUAAGAAGAUAGGAAGUUGGACUACUGGAAAAAAAUUAUCAUAGAUUGUACAUGUCAAAAGUGAGAUGGGAUCUGCUGAAGACAAAUUUCUGAAUCCUCUUAGGGAGAUGAUCUAGUUCAAGAAAGCUGUCUGUAAAACUUAUAUGGUAUAUGAAGUUACUGUGAUAUUUUGUACUUUUGUUGUCUAAAAAGUUUAAAGAAGCAAGUAACUUGCUAUCUGGUGAGUACCAUUAGAAUCAUUUAUAAUUUCUAAGAAAAGCCAGAUAUAUCACUCCAAAUAGGUUUAUUUGCAGACUUGAGUUCAGAAAACACACACACACACAGUCUCACCUUCCCAAAUUGAAUUCUAGCUUCAGAGAUAGGCAGUUGCUAUAAAUAACUGAAAGAGUCAAUCUAAAGCCCCCGACAAUUGGCCAAACUCAAAAAUAAAAUUUGUUGCCAACUACCUAACAAGUGUUUGCGAAGCUGCUUCUAAAGUAGCAGAGGAUGAGGUCAUAAGCAUACUGUGAAACUGGUGAUCCUCCCUCCCUGGUGGAAUUGUGAUAGUUACUCUUCAUAAAUGUAAGUAUUCCACAUCUUGGUCUCUUUCCUCACUCUCAGUUUACUCUUGCAGACUUAAGCCUUAUUGAAUAUAGUCCGGCUUAGAAGAAAGCCUUUCUGGAUCUUUAUUAGCUUCUUCUAUUCAUCUGCUUCCGGGCCGUGGUCAUGCCCUUGACCUCCCUGUGUCAAAGUCCUGCCUAGGCCUCCACCCCGCAGAGAGGCCAUGACAGCAAUCCCUGUCCCUCCUCUACCUCCUGACCUCUUGCAGAGGAGCCCUGUGAUGACACACGUGAAGUUCUUUGCUGUCCUUUUGUAGAAGGUGCUGCAACACAAAAGAUUAAUACAAUGUAACCUAGAGAAAAUUGCUAAAAUGACUCGCAUUAUUGGGACCAAUUCAUUUGGGACCAAUUCAAUGGCCUACUAGAAACAAGUUUCUGUUUGUUUCAUUUCUGCACUUCACUAUUGAGUUUUUGGGGUACUAUAUUUCUGUGAAGGACUUCAUAAAUUGUAUUGAUGACGCAUAAAGAAAAGAAACUUCCCAGUGUUACCACUUCUUCCUGGAACGUAGCGGUAGUAUUCUUCACUAGUAUUAUUAGAUAUCUGUGUACAGGAAGUAUACAGUUAUUCAGGUUGAUGUUUCAUAUUAAAGAAUGUAUUUGUAAAGUGUAACAAGAUCAGUAGUUAACUUUUUUUAAGCUCUGAAAAAAUAAAGAUAUGUGUUAGAGUUAAACUUAUAGUGAAAUCUGUCUUAAUACUACUUUUGUGGCUAGCAAAGAUUGUGCAUUUAUGUACAAAUAUUUACAGAAUGCUCUAAAUAAGAGAUAUUAAAGAUAGGUUUCGCUUUUAAUUUUUAGAAUUGUGACACUGCUGAUGUUUAUUGUACAGUUAUGAAUUCUUUGGAAGUUCUCUAAGAUGUCAGAUAAUUUUCAUUUCUUUCAGAGACAAGUAACACCUGCUUUAUGAUUCGCUAUUACAGCAAACUCUAAUUUUGUCAUUAAA